AUGGCGGUAUUGGUGGUAGUAUAUUUGUUGACAAUAUUCACUAAAAUGCACGCCUGGGAAUGUCCACUAAUAACAGACCAAAAGAAAGUGGAACUAAUUAUUGAUAAUAGUUUGGUGCGUCGAGGUGAAAGUGUUAAAAUGGAAUGUGUGGACGAAAAUACAGAUGUAAAAUACAGGUGGAAUUUCAAGGGCAAUAAUGACACAACGUAUCGAUUACUAGCGAACAAAUACAAUAUUUAUCCGAUUUUUAACUUGUCGGAUGUUGAUUGUGGGUACUACACGUGUCAAACUUACACCGACUGUGGCAUGUCGCCAAUGUCCAAUAUCGUGCAUCUACAAUUACAGGAUAUAAUGGCAAUGAUUCCUCCACCUCAAGGAGGAUCAAGUGAAGAUUCAAUAUCUUUGUUGGCUAUCAGUAUAAUUGCAGGGAGCAUUGUGGCAUCGAUGACAACUGCUGUAUUUCUUAUCAUAAUUGGGCACAAUAAGUACAUGCAGAAUAAAAAUAAGGAACACUCUGAAAAUAGACAAGUUAUUGAACAGUCACGACGAGACCAGGAAGGGCUACAUACAAGAGAACAUCUCUCGGUUGACGGGUCUCAUCAGAACGAGGAACAUCGUUCUGAAAAUGAUGUCGAUAUUCAAACAUUGGCUAACUUUUCACAUGCAAAAUCAUGCGAAGUUUUACAACCAUUAAUUUGUGAUGAGUGGGAAUUUCCGCGGCAAAUGUUACAUUUUCAAGGAAUGCUGUUAGGCCAAGGUGAAUUUGGUGAAGUUCAACUUGCAUAUGCUGUGGACCCAUCAGAUGGUGAUAAACAGACAAAAGUAGCUGUUAAAUAUUUGAGAAAAAACGCAACGGAUGUAGAUCGAAAAGACUUUUUGCAAGAGUUACGAUUGAUGAAGACAUUCACUUCAGCCCAUCCUAAUGUAGUCUCUUUGUUCGGGUGCUGCACAAGUUCAGAUCCAGUUUAUAUAAUUCUCGAAUUCGUGAAAAAUGGCUGCUUACAGAAUCAUUUGAGAGCAAGCCAUUCAGCACUAAUCUACCAGAAUUUACAUCAAAAUGUAAAAAAUGUAAGCUCCUGGGAUCUCUUACAUUUUGGCUGGCAAGUGGCCAAAGGAAUGAGUUUUCUUGCAUCAAUGAAGUGUAUUCAUCGGGACCUAGCAACAAGAAACAUCUUACUCGACGAAAACAACACUUGCAAAAUUUCGGACUUUGGCUUUGCUCGUGAUGUGAAAGGAUCUACGCCAUACGGUACUAUGCCAUCAGCCCAAGUUAUCAACGAAAUAAAUCGUGGAUACAGGUUACCAAGACCAACACAUUGCAGCCGUGAACUGUAUGACAUCAUGGUAGGCUGUUGGAAUGUGCAGCAGGAAGAAAGACCAACUUUCUCGCAACUUUGUUCACGGGUUGGGAAACUUGCCGAGAAUCAUAGACGGGAAUAUUUACAUCUGGAUAUGUUUGAAGAAAACCUAUACGUGAAUAUUGAUAACAAUCACAAUGAUGAAAAAUUAUGA